AUGGCGACUGCUGUAUCUACUAAACCCCCUUUACACAAAAUCAAACGACCCGCCCCAUCCUACAUUCAGACCGGCAUCAAUGGCAUGAGGACUUCGCAACCUUCCCCGUCGCCCCUGGGGUCUGCUACAAAUCGCUUUUCAGGCACCAAACAGCCAGGGGCAGUUACUCCCACCAAUGCUGCUGUCGUAAAUGGCGCCAAUAAUCGCCAGCAAACGCGCCCGAGGAAAGAGCCCCAAAAACCCGGCGAUUCUGCAACUCGUUUACACCCCCCCCCGACAAAACCCCCGGGUAUGGAUGUGCCUGUUGCGGACUGCAGGCAGCUCAAGAAGUUUCCCGAACCAUAUGUCAAAACAACCUCCUACAUACUCAAAAAGUACUCGAAAUCUCCACCGUCCCUAACUAUACAUCUUCACCCCACUCAUUUCCGGUUCGAUCAACAAGAUGGAAGCUUCCCAUAUAAUUCUGAAAUGAAGGUCAUCAUCGAGCACAUCAAAGCUGGUACUGUUCCGCAUGACAUGAUCGAAGAACUGGUGAAAGGGGGAGUUAGAUUCUACGAGAACUGCCUUAUUGUCCGUGUCGUGGAUCAUAAAUCUGUCUCCUCCCAACCAAACCCUGCAUCCAAUUCCUCCUCCGGCGAAAAGACCUCACCUUUCUCUUUACACAAUUACAACCAGCAUGUUACCCCUUCUCCAUUCGUACCAUAUCCACAACAGAACCAGUCAAGUGUAAAUGCUACCACCAAUGGCACUUCCACAAAUAGCCAAAGAGCCGACGAGCAGUCGUCCACAGAAGCCAAUAAUGGUCUUUCAGAAUCCAACGCAAAUACGACGGAUUCUGGUACUUCAAAGCAGAAAGCUCCCAAACCUAGGGUUUUUACGACUGUGCUACAUCCCACACCUCAAUCACUCUUGGCAGAGUUGACUCUGUUGUCUAUGACCCCUGACCCUCGAGCUGUCAAUCGCCGCCAGUCCCAAGCUUAUUCCACAUUGCGAACCGGAUCUAUUCCCCAGCCACCCACACCUCUCUCCGCAUUGCCAUCUUCUCCAGUGACGGACCGUGCGCCUCCAGCGAAGAGACAAAAGAUGAUGGUAGAACCAUCGGAACUCUUGGAAGCUGAAGCAAAGCUGAUACACGCGACAGCCCCGCCACUCUAUCUCGAGCCAGUUGAUGGGUUGGCAGCGAGUGCGAAUCUUCUCAAGUUUUUGGAGGACCCUCUGCAUCGCAGCAAACCCCCCUCACCAAAGACCCGAAGACGGACCGUAGCAGAAUUGGCGGCCGAUGAAGCAUUGGCUGCUGAAGAGGAGAGAUUUAUGCUUAUCAUGGAUGAGAGGUUGGGCCCAACUACUUCUGGCAAUGGCGGGGGUGCCAAAGCACCUAAUGUCGAUGAUGAAAGUGGCGCAGCUCCGUUUGAACCCAGAUUUUCGAGAUUCAAAACCCUCGAGAAAAUUCGCCUGGAACAUGAAGAGAAAGCUAAACUUGAACACGAGAAGAAGCUGCAGCAAGACCAUGCGAAAAGAUUACAACAAGAGGCUGAGAGGGAGAAGCGACGUGCUAAUGAGCAACGAUUGGCUGAGGAACAAAGCAGAGAAGACAACAGAAGACAACAGGCGGCGGCGGCGGCGGCAGCAGCAGCAGCAGCAGCACAGCAUGCUCAGGUACAGGCCCAAGUUGCAGCUGCAGCUGCGCAGAAUCGGCGACCUCAAUCCCGAGGAAAUCCUGCUAUGAGCACGCCGCAUAAACCACAGCCUCAGCAGAUGAUUCCAGCGUCGCAGGGUCAACAAUCAUCUCCAGUCGUGCGGCAUUCAACCCCACAUAGCUCAUCUCCAUUGGCAGGAACUUUGAUGGGCGCGCAGAUGAACCAAGGAAUGCCAAUCGCUAUGACGAGUUCUGCUCAAGGAGCAGGAAGCCCUCUCCAAGUUACAUCUGGUGUACAACAUAGCCAUCCAGCCGUCAUGGGGCAUCCAAUGACUGCUAGCCGAAGUCAACAAGGUCCCAGUAGACACGGGACCCCACAAAUGCCACAUGGGACACCAGCUAUGUCUCAUGCCACUCCAACGAUGCGCAACGCCACCCCUACGCAGCGAAUGACGCACGCAAGCCCGAACGCUUCUACCAUGGCUCAUACUCCGGUCAUGAGCCAUGCCAUCAUGGCUAAUCCUCAGAUGAAUGGGGUGAUGAUGACUCCUCAACAGCAGCAACAGGCCAUAAUGCAGAGGCAGAAAAUCAUGCUACAACGAAGCUUACAGGCUGGCGGACAGCAGCUUAAUCCACAACAAUUGGCGCAGCUUCAGGCAAGCAUGCAUGCGCAACAAAAUAUUCAACAUGCUCAGCAACAGCAACAACAACAACAGCAACAACAACAGCAACAACAACAACAACAUAAUAUCUUUUUGCAGCAGCAACAGCAACAGCAACAGCAGCAGCAGCAACCGCCGCCCCAUCAACCGCAGCCCCAUCAACCGCCGCCCCAUCAACCGCAACCACAUCAGUUCCCCAGCCAGGCCGCUUAUCAGGCUCAUGUUAUUCGAAGUCAGCUGGCACAGAUGCAUAUGUCUCAUCAGCAAGCUAUCCACGGUCAACAACAAGGAAGCCCUCAACAACUACCUCAGCAACAAGUUAUAGCCCAAGCGAAUGGCGUCCCACAAACUCAAGUAGGGCUUCAGCCCCGCUACCGAGCUCUGUAUGCGCAACGUGUGCUCCCACAGGUCCAAAUCGAAGUACGCGCGAAAUUUACGCAGCAGUAUGGCCACAUGACUGGCUGGCCUGAAAACAUUCGCCAACAGUUUCAGGAACAAGUGGAUAAAACUGCCAAACAGUACUUGUUUGAGAUUAUGAAGAGGGAGGGUCAACAACAGCGGGCGCAAAUGGCUCAGAACCAGGCGCAAGCACAGGCGCAAGCACAUGCUCAGGUCCAAGCCCAAGUUCAAGCGCAGGCGCAGGCUCUCCAACAGCAGCACCAUCAGCAGCAGAUGGUGGGUAAUAAUAUGGCUAAAUAA